AUGUCGGGCGGCUUCGUAAUUCCAGGGCUCGGCGAAGCAAAACCCAAUGAAACGCUUCCAGUCACCAGCUUCGCUUCCGAGGCGUUCCCCAAGACAGACUCCGAAACAGAACAUCCCUCUACCAUAAGUCAAGUGGAAAGUGACAAUCCAGCUACUGAAGAUGCCAUGAACGUGGAUUCAUCUCAGCUCCCCGAGCCCACCCACGCCGCCGGCAUAAGCACCUCUGCGACCCUACCAGUCAACGGGGAUUCGAUGGACGUCGACGAGAGUACACAGAGUGCAGCUCAUAUCCAAGCACCAGCACUUACACACGACGCGCAAAGUCAACAGUCUCGACCGGAGACUGCCGCACCAGCUGCCGAGAAAAAUACAACACAGGCAGCCACAAACCCGUUGGCUGGCGAGAACAACGAUAACAUGGAAGACUCAGCACACGUCACAGACGCUCUUGACGCAGCGCUGUUCGCAAUGUCCCAGCCAAAGUUGGAGGACUUGGGACCGACGACGGAAGCGAUAGUGCAAGCACAAGCACCCGCGACAACUACCGAGCCAACCGCGCAAGAGGGCGCUGUGGCGGAAUGGGAAGCAGAUUCAUCUCCGUAUGAGUCUUCGAGCGACUCUAGCAGCUCAGAUGACUCUUCAGAUGACGACUCGGAGUCUGGUGCUAUGGGUCUAGAAGAAACAGUCCGCAUGCUCAUGGCGAACGGCGACGAUUCGGAUGCCGACAGUGAUGCUGGCGGUGAUGGCAAAAACGGAGGCAAGGGUCGACAAGUGCGAUCUAAGAACGAACAGCCUGACUGGGUCCCUCCGAAGCCCGAGGUCACUAUAACCGAAGACAUGGAAAUCUUGCCUCUGGGCACCAUCUUGAGGAUUGUGGGCAAUACGGUGUUGAUUCAGUCUGGCGACGACGGCGAGGAACGGGUCUUGGAUAUAGAGACGGCAGUUUGCCGUGCUGACAGGUCCAUCAUCGCGGCCAUUGCCGAUGUCAUCGGUUCGGUGCUUCGCCCUAUGUAUAUCCUUCGAUUUGCAACUGCCGAGGAUGUCGAAAAAGAGGGCCUUACCACUGAUAUGCCGGUGUUCUACUCGCCUCAGCACGCACAAGUAGUCUUGACACGAGCCCUACGCCAACAAAAGGGAUAUGACGCUAGCAACCUACAUGACGAGGAGAUUCCUAUGGAGGAUCAGGAAUUCUCUGACGAUGAACAGGAACAGGCACACAAGCGACAGCAAAAGAUGAAGAAGAAGGCCAACCGCGGUGGUGGUCGCGGUGGCCGUGGAGGCGCACAGAACCGAGAAACGGGCUCUGGUCAUCAUGGUUCAUCAAGCGGGGCGGCAGCGAACGCAGACGUCGGGCUGAACUAUGACGACGAUGAUGAUGGUCCGUAUAAGCCUCUCUCCAGGCCAGUGAAUUUCGGUAUGGGUGCUCCCCCAUCAUUCGAAGGAGCUGCCGGGAACGAUCGCAGCGGGGAGCGAGACAAUUUCCGCGAUCGUGGUCGUGGUCGCGGUCGCGGAAACCGAGGCGGGUUCAGAGGUGGACGUGGAGGAAACAGCGGAGGAUACUCGAACGGCUACUCAAAACCGCAGCAGGACCGUUAUCCAAACUAUGACCAACAGCAACAACAGGCCCCCCAGUCACAACCUGCAGCUCCUUACCAGUGGAUUCCACCUCCACCACCGAUGACGUUCAAUGCUGGACCGCAACAGGCUCAACAAGGAGGCGCCGCCAUGCCGUUCGCAUUUCCCCCUUUCCCUCCGCCGGCUCACCAGUUUGGCGGAAACCCUACACCCGCGCCGCCCAUGGGACAACAUGCUCCGCCUGUUGCUCCUCCUGCUGGCCAACCUCAAGCAAAUUGGCAAGCAAUGGCGGCGUUGUAUGCCAACCCGGCGUUCCAGCAAGCCCUUAGGCAAGCGCAGCAACAACAACCGCCACCAGGCCAACCUGGCUGGGGUCAAAGUCCGGGUGCCCCCCAGUGA